AAUUCAAAGAAAAUAGCUGUAAAAGAACCCUGUGAUGCUAGGUUAUGUUUCAACUUACGUAGAGGGUUUACACAGUAGAGAGACACCUAAAACUGUUCUGAGUAAUACUGCUCUGGAGCUCUAAGAAGUUUGGUAACUUGGACUUGAAUGUAGUGCUGUGCCAGUACGAGUAAGUGCUGUACUGCCUGAAUGUACCAGCUCUGCUCAGUGCUGGCUCAGGGGCUGUGCCUCUAGCUGUAUCCACCACUUCAUGGCAUGAUGUUAAAAAUUCAGGCAGUACUUAAUUGAUUUUUAAGAUUAUUUCACUGGGCUGCUUAGACAAUGGAUUAAAUGUAUUUUUUCAUGAACUUAAUACACUUAGAAUUAGACUUAGACUUAAAAUGGGAAGUUUUAUUAAUGUUACUGCUGCAUACUGUGGUACACUUGCUCCCCAUCCCCUACCUCUUGAAUGGGAAGUGUGUGAUUCUGUUUUGCAGAAGUGGAUGAAAAUCAAAAUGUGUUAAGAGCAGGAAUGCUUCAAAUUAACCUUUUAUUGUGGGGGAGUGGGUAUGGAAGAAGACUUGGGAAUUUGCUGUGUUGAAAACUAGUUCUUGAGCAAGAUUGAAAUGGAUUGUCUUUUGUUGUUAUUUACAGAACACUUUUUUUUUUGGACUAUACUUGAAUAUGCAAAACUGCUGUGCAAGAGGCUUGCUAAUAGGAUUUAAUUCAGCUCUUAAGCAAUCAAAUGCUGCAUCUGCUUCAUUCUGGAGAAUAAGAAAAUUAUAUGAAACACUUGAAAGGUGUCUAACCAUUACAGAUAUAUCAGGGUUAUGUUUUUCAGAUAAUCAAGUGAAAACUACCUGUGUUCAGAGCCUGGAUCUGUUUUCCUGAGAAGUAUGAUUUCUCUUUUCAUACCAAUGGAUAUCAAAAGGGUUAUAAUGCUCAAUGCGUAGUAAUGAAAAAUUACUUUGGUAAUCAUUCAUAGUACAAUUGUUCUUCUGGAAGGGAUCAAAUACAUGGUGCAGGAAAUAGCACCAGUAGCUUGGCUCUAGAGAGGGCAGGAAAGGAGUGAUCCAUCACAAACAGAACUGAGGUGUAUUCUCGAGGUGUGAAGUAGACUACAUGUAUUUUUUUUUCCUCUUAAGGUGGAUGGAUUGGUUGCGCCCACACUUCUGCAGGAAGUCAUGCCUCCUUUUUUGGCAAAGAAAGUCUAUUAGUUUGGGGGUUUGUGGUUUUGGUUUGUUUUUUUUUUUAAAUGUGGCACAACAUGUUGACUUUUUCUUGAAAGGAAGGCCUGACUGCUGACAGUAUUUCUGUGAGUGCGUAACUUAAGUAUUGUAGGUCUACCAUGUGGUAGUCGUACUGCAUAGCUGCUGAACAGAGGUCUUCUCUCAUUUGUUUCUAAUUCUCACGAUCAACUUGCCCACAGGAUUUGUAUCCUCCUGUGCUCAUGGAGGAGAUGUAUGAAUCAAGAUGUAAAGAUGUAGAGUUUUCCUUAUCUUGAUGCUUUAGCAAAAUGCUCUUGUUCUUUAAGUAAUCUUUUUGGUAUGGAGACAAAAAAAUUCUAUUUAUAUUUCAGAUAGGAUAUCACUCUUGUGUACAUGCAGAUGUCAACAAAACUUAGCUGCCAUGUCAUGUAUAAAAACUAUUUGAAAGCGUUCCAUCUGGUCACACCAUACUGGCUGCAAGCUUUCAAAUCUCAGCCUUUGCAUGGCUAUCUAGACUUUGGUGCUUUCCUCUGGAACUUUUCUUCUGUAACCGUGGCUAGUCUUUCUCUGUUAGGAAUGCAAAGAUUUGAAUCUGAACUUCCUAUGCUGAUGUUAUGUCAACUAGGUCAAACAGCGUUGACACUGUCACUUGUUUCCUGCGUCACUGAUUAGUAAUCUGCCUUGAGAGAGACUUUAUUUUGACGUGAUGAUUAGGAAAGCAUUGAAACUUUUUUUUUUGGCUUAUAAAGGGGUGAAAACUCAAAAUUCCUGGUGAUGCAGUAGAGAAAGCAGGUAGAGGAAGGGAUGAGAUCACCCUUGGAAUAUUAUGCAAUGUUCUAAUGCCUUGAUUACUUAAGUGACAUCAGUUAGUGGCUGUGAAAUACUGCUAUGACGAUCAUAAGGGUCAGUCAAGGACCAGAUUCUGUUUUGACCAAUUAAAGUACUCUUAAGUAUGGAAAGUUUUGCUAUUGCUUCAUAUCUGAAUUGAUUCUAGACCCAUUCAUUCAAGCAAAAGUCUUCGAGAUUGCAGUUUGUAUCCAUCUUGUAUUAGGAGGGAGGAUCAUAAUCAUCUCCUUAAAGAGAAAAGUCCAUAGCCUUCAUGUGGUUAGUAAGCUUAGAGAUCAGCCAAAAAAAAUUUUAUGCAUGUAAGAUGUUAAGUGGUGGUGAGCUUUAUAGGCUCCUGUCUAUGCUUUGUAAGUAUAUCACUGUGUAAGAACAAUGAUGUAUUCCUAAGCUGAAAUUGAUUACCUGAGUAGGUUUCUUGAUUAAGCAGUCUUGCUAGCCUGGUUAAUACAUCAUGCUACUUGUAAGGAUUGAGAGGAGGAAUGAGGAGGAAUGGAUGAUUCUCUAUCUCUUUAAAAGAAUUCAAGUAAAAACGGCUUUUAAAAUCAGAAUAUAUAUACACACACACUCUCUCUCAAAAAAAUUGCUUAGUGUUUCUCUGUUAAAAGCAGUAUUGAGUUGCAAGACACUGAAAUACAUGCUGAUGGCAGAGACAUGUAGCUGGUUAAUUCUUCAGUUGACAUGUUAAUUAUAACUAUAAAUUUCUUCUGUUUAAAAUUGUUCCACUGUAAUCAAAGUACAACAGACCUUAAUUUCAGCUUAAGGUAACAUUAACAUUCUGUGUUGGAUACAAUCUCUUUUAAAAUCUCUGGAAGUGGAUGCCAAAAGUAUUUGCUGCUAUAUUUUAAAUUUGUAAUUGUAGAGAACGUAAUAUAGCCACAGCACUUAAAUUUUGAUCUCUUGGCUGCAAACCUGAAAAGGAUUUCCUUUGAGUAACCAGUGGUUGAAGCUGUCCGUGUUUGAUGCCAAGGAAUCCUGAGUUUUAAGAACAGAUCGUGUUUUGUGUGGGUAAUUUAUCUCCUGUUGCUAUAGCUAACCCCUGGAUGCCAUUUAAUGGGUUAGUAGGCUUUUUUUAGGUUAUGACUGUAGAGAUACUGGAACCACAGGUCAGUAACAGCAUUUUACGCGAGCUUCAGACAAGGAGUGGGAAUUAUUCUAUUAGUGGAUUUGCUAUAAUUCAUUCCUGGUUUAAAACCAAGCUAUAAAGUACCUAAUAGGACUGCUGAAUUUUCUGAACUGCGGUCAACAGCUAGUCAUUGCACAAUGUUCCCUGGAAGUGUAUGGGUUUUGAGUCUGUUAUUUAAAGAAAAUGCUAGUAAGUUAUUUAAGCAGACUGAGAUGUCUUGAACAUGUCUUCAGCCAUGCUUUCUUCUGCAUGUGCUACCUGACUGGGUUUUUCACACUGGUAGCUAUACUAAUCACUCAAGCUUCCUAUCUAACUCCUGAAAAACUUGAACACCUGAAUCUGUGUUGCUAACUUGGCAAGUUUAUUUUUUACUAGCGAAUUGUCAGGAAUUUGCAAACUAUUCCAGGUGUCUGUGGAAGCUACUGCAUUCACUUGGAUUAUCACUCUGUUUGAAGUACCAAAGAUUCAGACUGUUACAUCUGUUGGUAAGAUGUAAAUUAGUGAUUUAAUUAAGAUGUAGGAAGUGAAAAACUACUUUCAGUUUUAGAAUUUGCACUUCACUGCUCUUUCAUCAGAAUGAGGGCUACGUAUAUUGCCUUUAAGGUGGGAUCUAGAUAAGUUCACCACAAAUAAAUGUGCUGUGUGACAUACACCACUGUCAAGAACUCUCAGUAAAACUGAAUAGCAAAUUUUACUAAUGAAAAACUUUUCCAUGCACCAGUAUAUUUCAACCUGUGUGUGAAAAGUCUCAGGUAUCUUCUGGCGAACGAGUCUUUUCUCAUUACUAAUCCACUUCUAAUAAAUGUGGAGGCUAUUCACAAUUGGCACAAAUAACUUACUGUUAUGAUUCAGUACUGGAGAUGAAAUUGUAGAUUAUCUGUACUUUUCAGUGCACUGUGAAAUGGAAAUUUCUGUGUAGGAACAGAAUUUAACUGUUUCUUGGCUAAAUUCCUAUCAGUGUAUGAUAGAAUUGUCAACAUGUAAAUGUAUCUUAUUUUUCCUUUAACAGUGCAAAUGAACACUAUCACUCUGAGUGUUCUUUGGAGUGAUUAGAUGAAAGACACUGUUUUGAUUAAAAAGUUGUGUUAAUACGAACAUUUCUGAUUUGAAAUGCUAAACCCAUCUAUUUCCUUUUGGUUACACCCCCUCCAAAUCAACAGUAUGUUAGUGUUUUUUACUGCUUAUGAAGAUCUUAUUGUACAUAUAUUGCUGUUCUAAAAUAGUGCUAGUGCGUUUUUUUUCCAUUCAGAGUGUGACUUCAGUAGAAGCAUUGUUUAAUCAUGAGCACAAGCAUGAAAAAUACUACGUCUGCUUUAGUUACAGCUGAGACCACAGUGGUGCUUUCUUAGCCUCACAUUAAAGGGCUGAACUUGGAGCUUUGUGUAGUGGAAUUCUUUCAUGCCCACACUCUAAUAUCUGUUCUCACUGGUGCUUUAUCGGGCACCCACUAGCACUAAUAAUCAGCAAUAACCUUUCAGUUACUACAUUUUGCAUGUACUUCAAAAUAUUUUCCUAAGAAAUAUUACAUAGUGUGGAGAGACAAGACAUACAGAACAAAACUAUCUUGUGUUCAUAGUGUGCAUAUCUUGGAGCUGAUCUGGUAACUGAUAACUCAGAAUAUCAGUUGUGAGCCAUUAUCUCAUUCCCAGAAGACAACAGGUAAAGUUACAGGUUUGCUUGAACACUAUAUUAAAAUGCAUAGCUGUCACAUGAUGGUUGAGGUUGGAAGUGACCUCUGGAGGUCAUCUUGUUGAUGUGUGCAGGUUCUACCAAUACCUGGCCAGCCAUAGUCCUGUGCUGAAGUAUGUAAUUCUCUUACACUAGAUAGUAGGAUAUUCUCCACCUUCUCUUAAAACCUAAAUGUGCAGUAAAUGAAAACUUCUAGCUAAUUUAAAAAAAGUGUUGUCAGUAUUACAGCAUUAACUACUUUAGUUGCAUAUGUUUCAAUAUUUUAGGACAUGAAGAUACAGAUUUUUUUCUAGCCCUUCCUUGAUCAUCCUGAUCAGUCUUUCAAAGAACAAUUUUAUUGUUUCUUAUUAGAUACAUGACAUGCCUCUUUGCAAUACCAGCAGAUGUUAUCAAAUGUUGGUGGUUUUCUUGGCCAAAGCAUAAAAAGUGCUUAGAUAAUAUAAAUGUGACUCCCUUUAUGUAACGCUUUUAUACUUGCAACAAACUCAAUUAUACUGUGAUGCUUUUCUGUGAGAAAUAAGAAUGGAUUUCAUAUGAAGGAAUAAUAAUAUAUAGUUACACUGUUGCAUGCUUGAUUGGAGGUCUUGUUGUCAUGGUUGUGAAUGUUUAUUAAUCUGUCUUUUGCUUUAAUGUAAAUUUUUUUUUUUCCCUCCCCACUUCUGAAGGUGGGUGGGGGAGAAACGGGGAGAAACUUGUGCUAAGUGGUGCUGGAAACAGCAGAAUCUGAGAGAGACAUUAAUACCUAGAAAGAGUUUUGAGGUUUAUUCCUGCAUUUAUAGGAAAGUCAUCUGAAGAACAAGUACUCAAGGGUAUCAGAGCAAGGCAGUAUGUAAGCUCAUUCUUUUCUGUUGUGAGCUUCAGGUGUGUCUGAGUUGGGUGAGGAGCCUGAUUAGAGGGCUUUCAGUUUCCUCAGUUCUGGUUUAGGCAGGUCAGCAUAGGCUUAGCAAAUGAUUGGGUUGUAUAUAUUAAAUUAAAACUAGUUAAUUAUUAUUCUCUUUCUUGACAUAGAGAUGGUAGAGUUAAUUUGCAGAAAAUCUUAAAUGUAGCAGCGUGGUAAUUCUCUUCUUUGGUCCUCACUGUUCUUCUUACCACUCUAAAUGGAUCACACACCACUUCUUGCUUGAUUUGGUUUGAGUGCCUGAGUAAAAAUAAUAAGCAAAUCAGUAGACUCCUGUGGUCAAAGGCUGUGCAAAUCUCCCAAGAAGUUACAGCCAUUUUUUUCUCUUCUAUCCAAAAGAGCUGCAGUUCAGCAAACCGGGUAAUUCCCAGUUAUGUUUCUUUUUGUCUUUUGAUAUAUAUAACACAUUAUAUACAUAUAUACACACAUAUAAAGAGAUAUGUAUAUGUAUAAACAUAUAGAAUAGAUAGAUAUGUUUUAAUCCCUUCUGGAGACAAGAAAACUUGCUGUUUAAGAAAGCUCUCUGUUAAAAGUAAUGAUCUGCAAACAGAUCAUGAUUCUGCCUACUGAUGGAAAGCUUUUGCUGUACAGGAUGUCCAGAUGUGUCACAGGUACACCUGUUUUUAUGAGAAUUCCAUAAUGUGGAGUUAGUGAGAGAAGCACUGACAGGAAUCUGUGCUGGUGUCCUUUGGAUAAUCAUCUUUGGUUGACAUAAUGUGACCUUUAUUUUUUUUUUAAAUCUGUAGUCCCAGUUUCUGGUGAAAAUUAACCCUGUUCUUCCCAAAACCAGGACAGUGUUUACUGCUGAUUGUAACGGGAUAUGGGUGACACCCUUUGUAAGUGACAGUUCUGUAAAUAUUUCCUGUGGACUCUAUGCUGAUGGUAUGUUUGGUAUUAACGUAUCAGGAGGAGGAAUUUAAUAAAGUAACUCACAUUAAACUUUCUUACUGUGUCCCUUCAGCACGGAACAUACUUCUUAAAAGCAUAAUUUGGGUCCAGUCUAUUUUGUGUUUUACAUAGCAAAUGGGAAUUCUGCCCUUUGUCUCAUUGGGAUUGAACCUCUAAUUGCUUAAACAUUUUCUAAGCCCUCUGGGAUGCAGGCUGCUUCACAAAUACUGCUUGAGCUGGUUUGUUGAAUAGUAUUCUCUGAAUGCUAUUCAGAGUCUUUCUAGCAUAUUCAUUCUUUAUACUUGUUGCCUUGGAUAACUAACAUACUUUGCUUUGAGUGCUUCCUGCAGAUUUCUUACAGUAAGUAUUUAAGUUGAGUUUACAUGUUUAGGUGUUUGCCUGGCUUGGCAAAAUAAAACUGUCUCUUGAAAAGCAAACAUGCAACAAGUAUGUAUUUAUACACAUAUUUUUAAUAUAUAUCAAACUGUUAAGAUCCCUGCGUUGUGAGGCUGACAGUUGAGUUGUAAAGAAAAGCCAUGUGGGACUGAUGCUUUCUGCAUCUGUCAUCCUUCCCUUUUAAACAGGAAAGAGUGAUUGGGAAGAGACUUCUCUUGCCUCCUUCUCCCUGAAAUGCCACUUUCUCACCCUCCUUUCUAGUAGCAUCACCUUACAAUGAAUAGUAGAAUAGUUUGCAGGGAAAUGAAUAAUUUAUUUCCUGAAAAAUUGAUGAAAUGACAGCUAACUCUGAACUACAGGCAAUGCUAUAGCUGAGACCAGUAACUUGUGGUAGAACAGUAUAAACUUUCAAAUUAAGCAGUAAAAUUUACUGUGUUGUAGAAGUUACUGCAUUUGAAAUCUUGUAGCUCUUUUUUCCAGAAGACCAGAUGCUCGUUUCUUAGGGCUGCAGAACUGAUUUCUAGAAAAUACUUACUACUCUGAGUGCUAACAGUUUGCUCUAACUGAAGCAGAAUACCAAAGUCAUCUGUGAGCCCUUUGAAGAUGGCUAUGCAAAUGGUGAAGAAGGCACACCAGCUGGGGAAGCAGUUGCCACUUAUACACCUGAUAGCAAAGGGGUGGUCAAGUUUGGCUGGAUAAAAGGUGUAUUGGUACGAUGUAUGUUAAAUAUUUGGGGUGUGAUGCUUUUCAUCAGACUGUCGUGGAUUGUAGGACAAGCUGGGAUAGGUCUGUCUGUCUUGGUUAUUGGAAUGGCCACUGUUGUGACAACUAUUACAGGGCUGUCUACUUCAGCCAUAGCCACAAAUGGGUUUGUGAGAGGAGGAGGAGCAUAUUACUUAAUUUCCAGAAGUCUGGGACCAGAGUUUGGUGGUGCCAUAGGCCUGAUUUUUGCAUUUGCCAAUGCUGUUGCAGUAGCAAUGUAUGUUGUUGGCUUUGCAGAGACAGUUGUGGAGCUGCUCAAGGAAAAUGGAACGUUGAUGGUUGAUGAAAUGAAUGAUAUCAGAAUCAUAGGGGCUAUCACAGUGGUUAUAUUGCUGGGUAUUUCUGUUGCUGGAAUGGAAUGGGAAGCAAAAGCACAGAUAGUCUUACUGGUGAUCCUCAUACUUGCUAUUGGAGACUUUGUCAUAGGAACAUUUAUUCCUUUGGAUAGCAAGAAGCCCAAAGGUUUCUUUGGUUAUAAAGCUGAAAUAUUUAUGGAGAAUUUUGGACCAGAUUUCCGACAUGAGGAAACUUUCUUUUCUGUAUUUGCUAUUUUCUUCCCUGCUGCAACUGGCAUACUUGCUGGUGCAAAUAUCUCAGGUGAUCUUGCGGAUCCUCAGUCAGCCAUUCCUAAAGGAACGCUUUUGGCCAUCUUAAUUACUACAUUGGUUUAUGUUGGAAUUGCAGUAUCUGUAGGUUCCUGCGUAGUUCGAGAUGCCACAGGCAACGUUAAUAACACCCUUGUCUCUGAGCUGACAAAUUGCACUACUGCAGCUUGCAAAUUGAACUAUGAUUUCUCAUCCUGUCAGACAGGGUGUCACUAUGGGCUGAUGAACAAUUUCCAGGUGAUGAGUAUGGUGUCAGGAUUUGCACCACUGAUUUCUGCAGGUAUUUUUUCAGCCACUCUGUCUUCUGCAUUAGCAUCUCUUGUGAGUGCACCUAAGAUCUUCCAGGCUUUGUGCAAGGAUAACAUUUAUCCAGGAUUUCAGAUGUUUGCUAAAGGCUAUGGGAAGAACAAUGAACCACUGAGAGGAUAUCUUCUAACAUUUUUAAUUGCUCUUGGAUUCAUAUUAAUUGCUGAACUGAAUGUCAUUGCUCCAAUUAUUUCUAACUUCUUCUUGGCCUCAUAUGCCUUGAUUAACUUCUCUGUAUUCCAUGCUUCUCUUGCAAAAUCUCCAGGCUGGCGCCCUGCUUUCAAAUACUACAAUAUGUGGAUUUCUCUUGUUGGAGCUAUUCUGUGCUGCAUUGUGAUGUUCGUCAUUAAUUGGUGGGCAGCACUUCUAACAUAUGUCAUAGUCCUUGGACUCUACAUUUAUGUCACUUACAAGAAACCAGAUGUGAACUGGGGAUCCUCAACGCAAGCUUUGACUUACUUGAAUGCACUACAACAUUCUAUUCGGCUCUCAGGAGUGGAAGAUCAUGUGAAAAACUUUAGACCUCAGUGCUUAAUUAUGACAGGUGCUCCAAACUCACGUCCAGCUUUGCUUCACCUUGUCCAUGCUUUCACCAAGAAUGUGGGCUUGAUGAUCUGUGGCCACAUACAUAUGGGUCCUCGGAGGCAAGCCAUGAAGGAACUGUCAACUGAUUUGGCUAAAUAUCAGCGAUGGUUAAUUAAAAACAAGAUGAAGGCUUUUUAUGCACCAGUGCAUGCAGAGGACUUGAGGGAUGGAGGACAAUACUUAAUGCAGGCUGCUGGUUUGGGUAGAAUGAGACCUAACACCCUUGUUGUUGGAUUUAAGAAAAACUGGAGACAAUGUGACAUGAGAGAUGUUGAAACCUAUAUCAAUUUAUUCCAUGAUGCCUUUGAUAUUCAGUAUGGGGUAGUUGUCAUCCGCCUAAAGGAGGGCCUGGACAUUUCUCACCUUCAGGGCCAAGAAGAGUUACUUUCAUCCCAAGAAAAAUCUCCAUGUACCAAGGAUAUUAUAGUAAAAGUGGAUUAUAGCAAGAAGACAGAGACAGACACUUCUAUAGCUUUUGCUCCAUCAUCUAGUGAAAGAACUCCCACUCUACACAAAGAGGAGGACGAGGAUGGAAAGACUCCAACACAACCACUGUUGAAAAAAGAUUCAAAGAGCCCAUCUUCUCCUUUAAACUUGGCUGACCAAAGACUUCUUGAUGCUAGUACUCAGUUUCAGAAGAAACAAGGGAAGAGCAAUAUUGAUGUCUGGUGGCUCUUUGAUGAUGGAGGUUUGACACUGUUGAUUCCGUAUCUCCUAACAACCAAGAAGAAGUGGAAAGACUGUAAGAUCAGAGUGUUCAUUGGUGGAAAAAUAAACAGGAUUGAUCAUGACAGAAGAGCGAUGGCUACUUUACUCAGCAAAUUUCGGAUAGACUUCUCAGACAUUAUGGUUCUUGGGGAUAUUAAUACUAAGCCGAAGAAAGAAAAUAUUGCAGCUUUUGAAGAAAUGAUAGAGCCCUUCCGACUUCAUGAAGAUGAUAAAGAACAAGAAGUUGCGGACAAAAUGAAGGAGGAUGAACCAUGGAGGAUAACAGAUAAUGAACUUGAGCUUUACAAAACAAAGACUUAUCGCCAAAUUAGGCUAAAUGAGUUGCUGAAAGAACAUUCAAGUACAGCUAACAUAAUUGUCAUGAGUUUGCCAGUUGCACGAAAAGGUGCAGUUUCUAGUGCACUAUACAUGGCCUGGUUAGAAGCUCUUUCUAAAGAUCUGCCACCAAUUCUCCUUGUUCGUGGGAAUCAUCAGAGUGUUCUUACCUUCUAUUCCUAAGAGUACUGCAUAUGGGAGAGCUAUGAUGAAAUGGUACUUCAGUGCCCAGGGGAGAGUGACUGAUAUGGUCUAUAGUUUAUUAACAUCACAAAGGCAAAAAGUGACUCUUUCACUGUUUCACUGACUUGAAAGCACACAAGGAAAGUCACUGUAUUUCUAAAGUUGUGACAUCUUCAGUUUUAGUCUAUAUUUUCUGUAAUUUAAUCUUGCUUAAUGGGGGAGGAUUCUUUGUUAGACUGAAGAACAAGACAAGCUUUUUGUUUGCUAUUUGAAUAGCAGCAAUAAUAGGUUUUAUUUUUGAUCAAUAAAAGGAUUAUAGAUUUAUAAAAGCCUUUUAGCCUUGAGGUGCCUUCUGAAAUUAACCAAAUCUUAUCCAUACAUCCUAUUUUGUAAAUUUAUAUAGAAUGUCAAAAUCUGCCUUCAACUAAGAGUUUAAAUCAGACUUCCUUUUAGUUUCUAGUCUCUUCCAUAUUACAAUAAAAAUGAAUGCUGCUUUUCAGUCUUCCAUUGAGCUAUUAGUUCUUAGUACUGUAUGUUUUCUAUUGUCAUAAAGUUUUUCGGUUUUUAUUAUUAUAUCUGUUAGAUUUAAUGUUGAAAAUUGGGGCAGGUUGGCUGAACUAAAAUUCCUGAUGUUAUUGUCAAGACUUCGUACUACUAAAUUUUGUAACAGUCAAAGUAAAACUAAUUCUACUAGCCAAUAGGAUCCUUUUCUCAAAUUUGACAAUGCGUACUACUUUGGCACUAGUCUGAGAUACACAGCCAACAUUAGCUACCUUGGUGAAGGAUACUGGCCAAUCUUUGCUCUGUAGCUCUAAUACAAAACUGAAUUCCUCUUACUGGCUGAGGCUUUUUGUCUUACUACAAACCAGAAGAAAAUAAAAAGACCUGUCCUAGUUCUUCACCUGUUAUGUUUUGGUGUCACUCUCAACUUAUUUUGAAACAAAGCUCAGCUUAAGGCUUGAAUGGGGAUAAUAUAAGCAAUGUGAUGCUAUCUAACAGAAAACAGUAAACACUAUGUGGAAUCUUGCUAUCCAAUAUGAAAUGUAAAAGCUACAGUUCUCUCGCAUUUUUCAACAAAUGGUUAAAAGGACCACUAGUUACUAGGGGAGAUGUUUUUAGGUCAAUUCAUUCAGUUCUCAGAAAAUACAUUUAGUCUUAAUAAUAAUACUCAGGUUUGAUCGUUUAGCAAUUUAGAUCUAUUCCAUACAUCCUACUUUAUACAUUUUCUAUGUUCAAUAAAGAAACUGCCAAUCUUGUGUGCCCUUUCAUUGUAUAUUUUGAAAACUUCAUAAUUUAGUCUACUAUGAACAUCUACAAAAGAAAUUUCACUUGAGCCUUUGUAUAAAGGUUAGUAAUAUGAACAGUUUUUUAAAUUCCUAUAUAUUUUGGAUAGAAAGGAUUGCCUAAAAACAUUUCACAAGCUUUUGAUAUUAGAAUUGGACAUGCUACUGGAUCAGUUUACCAGUGGUUGAGUGAGUUUCAUUUAAGAAUGCACAGAAAAGGUGUAUUUUAUGCUAAAUACAAGAUGAAAUUGAAAUGUAACUCUUCCUUUUGAAGGAAAAGCAUAAUCAUUGUGUGGCAAGGUGGAGCUCUUCAAGUUGUUGUGAUUAAAGAUAAAAAUAUUCUACACAGUGCAGUAUACACUGUUGUCAAGUUCUUGGUAAAAUGCAGAAAAUUCUUUUUGCUGUUUCUGUCAAUUGGAUUUGAAACUAUUGAAUCAUUUCACUUAAAAUAAGAAAAAUAAACAUGCAUGUUUUGCUGCUAAGUGUGAGAUAACUGAUGCCAGCAUGAACCUAGCUUGUUAUGAUAAACAUUAUAAAACAAGACAGUUUGCAGUAAAAGUGCUGUUUCCUUCCAGGUGAGGGGGUGGGGAUCAAACUUACCAACCUAUCUAUUGCAGGUUUUACAGUGUUUUUAGGGGAUAAGGAUGUCACAUUGUGAAUACAGAAUCAUUGCCAUGUUUCUUCUUUUGUGGGUUACAUUCUUUUGAACAGUUGGACAGUAAGGCAUGGACUUAGUGCUGCUAUCUUAAAAAAAAAAAAUGUGCACAGGUACACUUACUUAAAAAGUUUUUUGCCCAUUCAGGAAACCAUUGCUUGUGAUCUGUAACACAGAAACCAAAUGAAGUGUGUGUAUACAUGCAUAUAUGUGUAUAAAAUUAUAUAAAAUGUAUCUAAAUAUGCAUAUGGGGAUAGUUAAGGUAAUGUCUGUGAAAUAAUGUAGGAUGCUUUUCACAUGCACUCUCAAAAGUCCACUAACGCUAGGCAUGAGGUCAAGUUUCGAGAUUAUUUGCUACACUAAAAUUUCAAGAGUUAAUGGUAAUUGCUUGCAACAGAUUCAGUUAGUGGCAGUCACUCCAACUUCUGCUUUAUUUUGAUGCCAAAUUUAGUUAUGUUCCAAUCAUUAAUUACUUGAAAAAUGAAAUCACUUACACAUGGCAAUUCAUACAUUCUGUAGAUUAAGUUUCUUUCUAUGGGUUUAGAAAGUAAUAGCUGGAGAAAAUCAGUUAUUUAUUUGAUCAGUUAGAUUUGUAUUUAGGUUUCCUUUUACAUACACUCUUUUUAUAUGCUUCCUCACAUUACAUAUUUAAAAAUAACUGAAGAUAAUUUAAAGAUUUGAGCGUUAGUGGGUAAUGGCCCACUUGAAGAUGUAAGAUUUGAUACUGUACUGUAACUGUCACACACAAAUGCUUUUCUAAUGUUUUAACGUAAUUAUUGCAGUUAAUACUUUGUACCAGGGGGAUGUCACUGCAAUAAAAGGAAGUUAAUUCAA